GAAGAAUUAGAGGACCAGAAAAUGGAGAGUUCUGGGGCAAAGCUAAGAGAGAAACGAACAGACAAGAACAGGAAGAGAAAGCAAAAGAGCACAACAGAUACUGAACAACCUCCGAAGAAGCGCCGGAUUAGUUUCUCUGAGCAAGAGAAGGAACCGCCCAAAGUGGAAGAAGAAGAAGCUUCGAAAUUCGAACAAGGUUUUCCAUGGCGGAACCUGGGAUUGAUUUUAUCAAUCCAGAACAAAGAUCUCGAUCUUCAAAAGAAGGUGGAGCUAGCUUUCGAUUUUGUGCAAUCAAAAGGCGACGGUGAUGGUCGGGAUUGUGAGACGGUGGAGAUUCCACGUGUGUUGAUUUUUCUUAAUGAUUGGGUUCAGUCUUUAUUAAUUCCCUCAGGAAAGAGAAUUAAGAGUGAUAGGGAGAAAUCUAGUAUUCAAGUUAUUGAGACAUCUUUGGACUUAAGAUGCUGGAAGAUUUUCAAAUUAUGCUUGGAAGAGUCUUUGAAAUUGAAAAUUUCUUUGAUUUUUUCAAGAAACCUUUUGCAGUCUAUUGGCUUUAUAGCUAAAAAUACAUUGUCCCAGCUCAACAACAUAUCUUCUUAUCAGAUAGGGUCAUGUUUCACUGGUGAUGGGUUUGAGUUGCAUAGAACUGUUCUUGAUUGUAUCAUUUUAGUAUUCUCAAGUUAUGGCGGUCUUUCAAAUGAAAAUUUGGAUCUCUGGCUUUCAACUGUUGCUGCAGUGCUGGAGCUUGUUCAUAAAGUUUUUGCCGAGAAUCUUGAUUAUGGCAUUGUGGAUGUAUAUGUCGUGCAGCUCUCGUGCUCGGUAUUUGAGCCGUUUGCAAAGUUCUUGCGGACGCACCCUACUAAGAAAAAUGGAUUUCAUGAUUUUAUUGAUAAACUUCUUGAGCCUCUGUUGCAUCUUUUGGGCAUCUUGCGUCAUCAAACUGACAGAGGUUUUGCUGAUGGGAAGGGAAAUUUAUUGAAACUAGUUGAAGAUGUCUUGUCUCAUGGAUUGUUUCAUCCAGUGCAUAUUGAAGGAUUUUUGAGCUUAAAUAGCACUGAAAAGUAUGUUUCUGAGAAUAAAAAGGACUCCAAAACAGUCAUUAAGAGUUACCACAGACACUUGUUUGCCAAACUGGAAGGGAUUGUGGCUACAAAGAAGGAAUUGGCAACAUGUAGCAUAGGAAAACUGUUUUGUUUGCUUGCCGCUCGAGUUAGGAAUCUGAAAGGAGCUCUAGUGAUGCCCAGAAGCACUAAGGUUUUGGGGAAAACACAUUUAGAAGGUAUUUUUUUGGAUUCAACUUCUAAGACGUUUUCCGAGAGUUGCAACCUUGUAUCAGAGAAGGGUUAUUUAUCAACUUACUUGACUGCAGACAAACGGAAGUCUCUUUUUGAUUUUUUUGUAUUGGCUAUGGAGCCUCUUUUGCUUGAGGUUAAUGGUUACCUUGAACACAAACAAGGAGAGGAACCUGUAUUGUUGGAUGCCCAUUGCACGCUUAAAUCUAUUAACAGUUUGCUGGCUAGCUUUAUGCAUGAAAAGGUAUACUUGAGAACAGAGGACGCUUCGGAAGGAGCUUGCGUUACUUUCUUGAAGAAAGUUUAUGAUAUGAUUAUGUCACUGUCUUCCACUUUAAUCAGGUCCUCUAAGCUUGAUUUGGAUGACAAGAAACAGAUGGAGAUGUUAACUUUAUUAGCGGAGGAGGUAGUUAUUGCCGUUGGUUAUCUUUUGGAAAUCGAAUACAACGUUAUGGGGAAUGAUUUGACGAGCUUAUGGCUUAUGAUGCUUUCUCACUUUACACUUGGGAUUUCUUUGACCAAUGAACCAGAACGGUCUUCAUUAUUUCAUAAGAUAUCAUUCCUUGGUUGCCAAUUGCUUGAUCUUUAUAGUCAACUCCGUCAGGUGAAUAUUGUCGUUUUCUCAUUCUGUGAAGCAAUAAGGCUCUUGAUUUCGCAUGAUGGUGACAUCGAGGUGAAGUAUACUAGAUUCUUAACUCCUUUACAUGGCGAAGCUCAUGCGAAAUCAGUUGGGAUACUAGUAUGUUGUCAAGAGUUUAAAAUUGCUGUUCAGAAAGCUAUUAAAUCAAUACCAGAAGGACAAGCAAGUGCCUGUCUUCAACAGUUGAUUACGGAUAUAUCAGAAUCUUUGAAAUGGAUGGAGGUUAGCAAUGUAGUUGCUGAUGGAAACAAAUUUGGGGAACUGGAUGCUGGAAGUAGGUUUUAUUUGCAAGCUGAGCUCUUGGGAAGAGGGUUGUCCGAAGUGUAUGCAAUGGUGUUGAACUCACUGACUGUUACAACUGGUAAUAGCAUCCUAGUUGGAGCAUCGAUAAAGGACUUGAUAACUCUACUGUGUCCUCACAUGAGUAAUCUAGUUGGAUUACAGCCAGAUGCUGUUAACAAAUUUCUCAUUUCUGUCACGGGAAAAUCUUUUGAAGAUGAGCUGGCUGGAAACAAAAGUGAUUUGCUGAGUUUUAGAUUUUCAACUCAUUGGGUCUUUUUGUUCUUCUUUCAGCUGUACAUGUCCUGUAGAAUCUUAUAUAGGGAAGCAGCUAGUCUUAUGCCUCCGGGUACAUCAAGAAAGAUGUCAGCAGCAAUGGGGGAUUCCUUCACAGGAUUCUCUGGUGGAGAUUUUAUGCAGAAGACUGAUUGGAAAAACGAUGGCUACUUUUCUUCAUUUGUAGAGCCUUCAGCUUCUCUUCUUAUUGUCAUCCAAGCUGUUUCAGACAUCUAUAUUCAGGAUAGUGCUGCAGAUUGUUGUCCUUUGAUAUAUGUAAUGCAUGCCAUGACUCUUCAGAGGCUUGUUGAUUUGAACAGGCAGAUAAAAUCUUUUGAGUAUCUGCUGCAAAAUAAUGAAAAUUUGGUUCAAAUUAGGUUGGUUGAUGAUGCUGACUUGUCAUAUUAUCAUAAAAAGAACAAAAAGCUGAAAAGGCAUAUCUUGAUUCUUAGGCAAGAGGCCGAAGGACUUACUGGUUUCAUGAUGGAGUAUCUACCAUUAGUGUCUAAGAAUCAGCAGCCAAUCUCCGCUUUUGAUCAGACAACUUCUAAGGAAGCAUAUGCUCAUGAAAGUGAUGAAUGGGAUUUUGGCGUUUCUUCUGUGAACAAGAAGUCAUUGGCUACUGCAAUUUGGUGGAUUCUUUGCCAAAAUAUCGAUAUUUGGUCAAUACAUGCGGCUAAAAAGAAAUUAAAGAUGUUUCUCUCUCUUUUGAUCUAUAGUUCCAUUCCCAACGGGGAAAAAAGAAGCUUUGAGCAGGUUGAAAAGCAUCACAACCAUGAAACAAACCAACUGAAUAGGGUCACUAUGCAGCAAAUCUCAUUAGAACUCUUCAAUAACUCCAUUCUGUAUGAACAACAAUUUGUCCGCAGAUACUUUGCCUCGAGGUUCUGCCGUGCAUUGGAGAAAUCUGUGUUACAUUUUGUUAGUAAUUCAUUCGCGAAUGUUGAUUUUAAGUCAUCACCUAACUGGCCAGAGGUUUUAAGUGAUUUAGAGAACUCAGUAGCAAUUGUUUCCAGAAACCAGAAUGGCAUGUAUGAUUGUUUUUCAGCUGCAAAACCAGUUACCUGUUCUUCUGGCAAGCUUCUCACAGAAAAUGACAAGGAGCCAAAGGCCUUAUUGUUAACCAGUAUGGAACUUACAGCUUCUCAGAAUUUGCUGAGUCUUUUGACUUGGAUUCCAAAAGGCUUUUUCAGUUCAAGAUCCUUUUCACUUUUAUUGACAUCGAUUCUCAACCUUGAAAGGCUUGUUAUUGGCUGCUUAUUAGACUGUGAGGGUACUUCAAACUCACAUAAAGGUUACAAGCUCCUCAGAUUGUUCUUAUGUUGCCGGAAAGUCAUGAAAUAUAUAAUUAUGGCUUCUUGUGAGGAGAAGACCGGAGCUAGUCAAACCUCACUUACUCAAAUGUACCCUGGAAAGUCACUUUCAGUUAUGUGGCUUUUCAAGUCACUUUAUGCAGUUGUUGGUAUUCAAGAGUUGCUUUCAAAAGAUAGUGGUACUCAAGUUGAUAAUACCAUCUUUUCCUUAUUGGACCACACGUUAUAUGUAUUCCUAACAUUGAACCAGUAUCAUUUUAACCAUGCUGUUCAAUCCGUUAAAAAUCCUCAGAAUUCGUGCAACGAGCAACAUAAUGCUGGAGUGAACUAUGAACAGAGUGAUUUAACAGGAUCUAAGCGAUGCUUGAGUUCCUGCAGCUAUGUUGAACCCUGGAAUGGUGUCUUUUGUGUUGCUAAGAGUUUGAGGGAACAGAUGCAAAGCUUACUUAUCCCAUUGAAGGAUGUCCUUUGUGAUGAAAAUGUGGGUGUGCUCACCAAUGUUGUGAACCUGAAUAGGUUCUCCUCAGUCAUUUCUUGCUUUAGUGGGUUCUUAUGGGGCUUGGCAUCCGUUAUGAAGCAAACAGACGUGAGAAGUUCUGAUCAUAAAGUAAUAUUAUCAUGGUGGAAAGAAAAAUCUAAUACUGAAAUCAACCUUUGUAUAAAUGUUUUUGAAGAAUUUUCUAGUUUAUUGUUAGGAGUGAUGCUUUUAGGUGAUGCUCAAUGUUUCCAAAAGGCAGACAAGAACAAAUAUCUAGUGGGUGCGGAGCAGGAGGCUGAUAUUUCUUGUGGUAAGCAACAAGGUGGUACUGGAGAUGGAUUGACCUGCUCCGCGUCAUCUGACAGCCACGAUGAUUUUGGAACUGAAGGUGUAGCGAAGAAGGGAAUCCAGUCUGUAGGUUCAAUCUCUGCAGUUGAUUUUCUUACUGCAAUUGAUUCACUUGAUCACCUACCCCUGAACAAGCCUUUCUUGAGGAAUUUGCUUGAAGGUGACUGUCCUGAAGCAGCAUUUCUACUCAGACAGUUAUUAAUUUCUUCUUCAGCUAUUUUGAGGCUUAAUUUGCAUGUCAAAAGUGCUCAUUUGUCAGCAAACUUGACACAAAUGUUUACCGGCAUUUCACAGAUCUUGCUAUCAGAAUUAGUAGACAAGAAUGUCCCACAACCCUUGUCUUUUGUUUGGUUAGAUGGUGUUGUAAAAUAUCUGGAAGAAUUAGGGAAUCAUUUUCCAGUGACUGAUCCCACCUUGUCCAGAAAUCUUUAUGUCAAGAUGGUAGAGCUACAAUUAAGGACUCUAGGAAAAUGUAUAGCUUUGCAAGGAAAAAGAGCUACUCUUGCAUCUCAUGAGACAGAAGCCAGCACCAAAUUGCUUUACGGUCAUUUAGGGCUCUCUCAAGAAUCUCUUCCUUGCAAACCAUGUGGCGUGGAUGAAUUCAAGUCUAGGGUGCGGUUGUCAUUCACAGAGUUUAUAAAAAAACCAUCAGAAUUGCAUCUGUUGUCAGCAGUACAAGCCAUAGAAAGAGCAUUAGUUGGCAUGCGGGAAAGGUCCACAGUGAGUUAUGACAUACAGACAGGAAGUCCAAACGGCGGAAAAGUUUCCUCAAUUGUUGCUGCUGCUCUUGACUGCUUGGAUUUGGUUCUAGAAUUUGUUUCAGGACGCAAGCGUUUGAGUGUCGUUAAAAGACACAUUCAGAGCUUAAUUGCUGGUGUGUUCAACAUAAUUCUACAUUUGCAGAGUCCAUUAAUCUUCUAUGAGAGAUUGAUAGGUGAUUCAAUUCCAGAUCCAGGAGCAGUUAUUCUUAUGUGUGUUGAGGUACUGAUAAGAAUUUCAGGCAAACAUGCUCUAUUCCAAAUGGAGGCUUGGCAUGUAGCACAAUCUUUGCGUAUACCUGGAGCACUUUUCCAGUAUUUCCAUCAGCUUAAACUUUCUAUCACUCCCAAUCCGGUAGCAAGUAUGCAAUCUUGUGGUGUGGAUAGGCGAUUCACAAUUGACCUAUAUGCUGCGUGCUGCCGGUUACUGUAUAAUGUCCUUAAGCAUCACAAGAGUGAAUGCGAGCAGUGUAUUGCUUUAUUGGAAGCUUCUGUUUCUGUUCUUCUUCAUUGUUUGGAGACGAUGGAUUUUGAUUCAAUGGUCAGAAAUAGUUAUUUUUCACUGGAAGUGGAUGAGGGAGUAAAAUGUGCUCAUUGUCUGCGAAGGAUUUAUGAAGAGAUAAAACAUCAUAAAGAUGUCUUGGGCCGGCAUUGUUCUCAGUUCUUGUCUACGUAUAUCUGGGUUUAUUCAGGCUAUGGCCCCCUUAAAACCGGCAUCAAGAGGGAAAUAGAUGGAGCUUUAAGACCGGGUGUCUACGCUUUAAUAGAUGCUUGCUCAGCCGAGGAUCUUCAACAUCUUCAUACUGUAUUUGGAGAGGGACCUUGUAGAAACACAUUGGCAAAUCUGCAGCAUGAUUACAAACUCAAUUUCCAGUAUGAAGGGAAAGUCUAAGACAUUAAUCCCAUUCCUCUGUCGGGUUAUAGUUAAAAUCGUAUGAAUGUGACCGCUAAGGUAACAUGUUAUCUAUGUACAUAAAUUUUUGCGAAGAUAACACGCCCUUGUUCUUCAAGCCGAGUAAGAGAUGGAGAAGCUGUCUGUCGAUGCAUUUGCAAUGCCAUUGACUUUCCAAGCAGCAUAGCAUUUGCAAGGUAGGACUAUUUUCGUUUUGCUACUUUGCAGGAGUCUUUUUUCCCCCGCUUAAAUUAUUUUUCAGUUUUUCUUAUACACAAAUGAACACAUCAGUAAGACUUGCAUAUUGUGUUUGUCAAUGUGUCUUUUGCUGUUGUAUACUUUAUCUUUGAACACACAUGGUCUCCCGGUCGAAGGGCAGGCUUGUAACAAUAUUUUUAUUUCCAAAUUGAUUUUCUUCUCGACUAA